AACACGGUGCAAUUAUAACAUAAGCUCCACAACAAUCCAACGUAACCCAAGGCCAGCCCAUGAGAAAUGCCUUCUAAGACUUUGAAUUCUUCGUGGUUGCGAGAGCUCCGCAAACCCUAUUCGUGGCCUCAGCCACAUGCAAUCAACAGAGCAUCUAUCUCGUCAAAAUCGUUACAGCGUCCUGUCAAAACCUUGUUGAUCGGCAAUGCUCGCGACUCAGCGCUCAUCCCAUUACCUGCCUCGAGCUGUCGUUUCGGCGAACUGCACCAAAAAUUGACACCUUUUUCUGGACUCAAUUCACAAGCUCGCCGACCUUCCUCCAGGCUUGCGAAAGCCAUCUUACCACGGCCCGGAACGGCCGCGGAGACAUAUGUUGCAUAUGGAAUGACCCAGAAACUAUUCGAGGCCUGCUCGAGCCAAGCCGACUAUCGAAUCCCUCAAGUGUCGCAGCAGGGCGCAGAAGUCCCCAAAACCGAAGCUGGUGAAGAUAUUGGUGUUGGGGAAGGUUGGUGGUAUGAAGAUCUCGGCCUCCUUCCAACAUUUUCAACCUGGUCACAGGUUACAUUCUUACAUAUGUACAUAUUGACGGUCCGUCUACGGGCCCUGCCAUCGCAUGAAAGUCUUCAAACAUAUUCUCGCCACCUGAUCGAUCAUUUCUCGCAUAACGCAGAACAUCGCAUGGAUGUGCUUCAUGGUCUGGCUAGCCGUGGGAUCCGGAAUAAGUUCCUCAAAGAUCUUUUUAUCCAGUGGCGAGGCGUUCUCGCCGCAUAUGACGAAGGCCUUGUCAAGGGUGAUGCUGUUCUAGGAGCUGCCAUCUGGAGGAACCUCUGGAAGGCUAGCCACACCGACCCGGAGGGUCAGGACAUUGACUGGGCCAAGAUAGCUCGUGUAGUCGCGUAUAUGCGACGAGUAUUAUCUGAGAUUUCCAAUGUGAGCGAGGCUGAUCUGAUAUUCACCUUGGGACGCGGAAGUAACGGCAAACGCGGCAUCUUCGGGUAUUCUGAAGUGGAUAAGAAGAUGGUUGAUUCAAAUCGAUGAAUUGUGGAGCUGGCGAAAGAUUUACUCUUGCAAUAACCUCUGUUUGCAUAAUAAAGGAGACGGGAUCAACUCAAGCGUGCUUUCUUUUUCUUUUUCUUUUCUUUCUUCGCUGUAUUAUUAUUAUAAUUUUACGUGAGUAAAAUAACAACUUGUGUCUAACUAUAAAUGCAUUAUAAUAAUUACAAGCGACG